UUAAUUUACCUGUUUAUAUCUCGACAAUGCUAAUGCUUUGGUUUGAAGACUUGAGGUGAACCUGGAAAUGUUUCCAAAUGGUUUUUGGGUAAAAUAUUCAGGAACAACUUUAACUUGUCUUAAUCGGUCAUAGACUGGAUAAGCAACUAAUAAUCAACCUGUGAAGGUCAGAAAUCUUUGAUCAUCAUCGCCAUCACCAGUUUCUCAAAAGGUUUAAUAUCUUCCUUUUUGUUGAAUUUGUUUCUUGUCUUUCCAAUGAAUUGCCCUGAAAAAGGCUCUAUUUUUGUUGCCUCUUAAGUUUAUUAUCUUCAAUCCAUCAAAUCAUUUCAAUUGUCUUUCCUUCAUCAUCCAAUUAUCUCAAUCACUUGUCUUAAUUCUAAUCAUUUGCCUUAUCAUCCUCUUUCUGUCUUCAAGAUGAUCCAGGAAUAUCUUUGUUUUUGUUUUCUGGUGUAAACUUGAAAAUAUUUGUUGAUAACCAACACCAAUAACAUAAGCAACUUCACCAACAAGCAAACUCUUUUUCUUAAUAUUUUUGUCAAUGUUAUUGCGCUGUUAAAAUAGUGUUUAUUAAUGAUAACUCUGGUCACAAUUAAAACUCUAACUGUGCAAACUGUUUACUUACCAGUUUGAAAUUGAUUUACAUUGAAUAAUCCCAUUCGAGUGGUUCGCAGCAACGGUUUCUUGGUGAGAUUUGACUACAAAGUGCAACCUUUAGGAUUACAUUGCAAUUAUCACAUUCACCUUGUAUUUUAUCAGUGCCAUAAUGAAGUUGACAGUUUCCUCAGGAAUUUACUCAUUUAACAAUUUGUGCAUUAUUUUAUUAAUCAUUGCAUUAACACCAAACUGUGAAUCAGUUGCAGCACCUGAUCCAAGCAAAGAAAGUCUGGAUAUUCUGAGGAAUUUACAGUCAACAAUGAGAUCAAUGGAAGCGCGAUUAAAUAAUUUGGAUUCCAAGUUGGCUCAAGUGAAUUUGGUUGAUCAUGCAUUUAGAAUGAAUAAUGUUCAAAGUAAGGUGGAAGAAACAAGUUCAUCAAUCGUCUUGAUUGGGGGUAAAGUUGAAAGAAUUGAAAGUAUUCUCAAUAAAUUGCAGUUGACUGACCAAGAGAAGAAGAAAUGGUGUAACACUGAUUAUGGUCAGAGUCUGUUUAGUUUACAUAAAGGUGAAUCGGAAUCAGUGCGUCGUCAAAUGUCUUCAAUGUUGACAGAAAUUUCCGAACUCAUUCGAAGUGGAAUGGGAAAAUUACUCAUUAGGAUGGAUUCACUGUUAACAGAGACAAGCAAAUCAUCAUCAACAUCAUCGUCUGCAUCUUCAUCCGGAGGAAAUUAUAAGCCAAGUGAUUCUUCAACUUCCUUUAAAUUACCAUCAUCAACCUUACCAAGUACAACAACCAACUCUAGAUCUGGUUAUGAAUUGGCAGGUAAUAGUGGUGUCAAUAGUGGUAGCAACAGUGGAGAUGGUAAUAUUGGUGCUUCAGGUGAUUACCAACAGGUCACUUUGAUACAACAACUCAAUAAAAAGUUGGAUACAUUAGUUGGACGAUGUUUAUCAUCCGACCGUGGCUCUGACAAUAGCGGUGAGAUGGUGACCACAUUGGCACAAAUUCGUAGCCUAUCACAGGAUACGUUGAAUACAAUGGUUAAAAAGGUUGAAUUGGCUGAGAAUCAAUUGUUAACAAGUGUUUUAAAUUCAUUGCAAAUACCUGGAAAAUUAUCACAAAUUAAAGAUGCAUUUGAGGAAAAUGUAAACAAAUUGAGAUCACAGGUUGAUGGACUUUCGGCAAAUGCACCCAUUUUAAGGAUAUUGAGGCACAUUAAAACACAGUUACCCGAUGUUUCAAGGGUAACAUGUAUGGAUGAGCAAACAUCAGAGUUACUUGAGAAAGCGACCAUUCAGGUUAACACCAUGAUCAAUGAUUAUACUAAACAGAUUAACUCCAUUGAUCACAGUUUAACCAAUAUUAACACUAUUGUCACCCGACUCAAUAGUCUGGUAGAUAAAUACAAGAAUAAUUAUGUACAACAAAAUACAAGCUCUGCAAGUUUACGAACAUCGAUUAGUUCAUGGGAGUAAUUAUAUCAAAAUUCAUCAUUAAACAAAAAAGAUAAAAUAAAAAAAUAAGUUAUCUAUCGAUAAACUUCAUUUCAUUUCUGAAAUAUUUGCAGACAAAAUCGAUUGCUUUGUAUUUUCGAGUUAUCAUUUAGUUGAUACAAGAAACAAAUUCAGUUUGAAUUAUAGUAUGCUUUUUAUUCUUAGUUAAUAGUUUUUUAAUUAUUAAAAAGGAUCCAUUGCAAGACAUUAAUAUUUAAUAACUAUUCUGUUUCGUCUAUCAUUUAUCAUUCGAGUUGGAACUCAAUAAAAACUGGACUUCCAACUCGUGUACUCGAAAAAUUUCAAUGAUUUUUUCAUUCCAUUAAACUUUUGUGAAGACUUACAUCCACGAGCAACAAUUUUUUAUACCAAAUGAAAAUCUAAUGAAUCCAGACUCGAAUUAAUGAUUCCAUCAACAAGUGUUACAUUUGUAUUGACCUGAAAUUACAAUUUCUUCCCUUUUAUCUUGUUAUUAAUCUGACUGUGUUGUCGGUCUAUUGCAAUAUAUUAAUAACACUUAUACUGGAACUCGAUUGUAUUUCAAUUUUCGAGCGAUAUUUUCCUGAUAUUAGGAUGGCGUUUGUCAAAGUAUUAAACGGCUGGAUGCGUAACAAUGAACUAACAGAUUAUCCACAAAUACCAAUCUAUUCAACUGCAUCGAAACUAGGAUCGAGUAUUUCAUCGAAAAGUGAAUUUAGGGGAAAAUGUGUAGCAAUACUUGUGAUCAUUUUGUUGAAUUUCAAAUAUCUCUUCAGAUCACUCGAUGUUUCACUGGAUUCAGGUUUCGAUGUUGAGUUUAAAAUAUUUAUCGAUUGUCUAUGUGAGCUCGGUAUGCAUUUUUUGUUAUAUUUCAAGUUCAAUCUCAACUUUUUGAGACAAAUUGAAAAUCUUUGGAAAGAGUUACAAAUCGAUUCUGAUUAUGCAGCCAAAAAAUAUUUCUGGAACCAUAAAGUUAUCUAUUAUAUAUUGUCGGCAAAUUUUAGUGUAUCUCUAUUGAUCUAUGAUAUUGCUAACAUGUUUCGUAUUUGGCCUUAUUCAGACGCUGGUCAAUCUACGACCAUCAGUAUAUACAGAAAAAAUCCAAUUCAUUACUGGACUAUUAUAGUGCGCAUAAUAAUCAUUCAUCCUUACAAUUUGCUUCAAACUUUUAUCUUAUUCGAUUUAUUAGUUUUAGCUCAAACGGCACUUCAACACGUCAACAUGGAGUCUCAUCGACUUUACAGAGCAUCCAAUAUUGAUAUAAAGACAUUGAAUAUAAAAGCUAUGCGAAAUCUUCGACUCAAGUUCUUUUCAACUCAACGUCUGGUCAAUAAAAUGAAUGAGUUUUUCAGUCCUUUCUUGUUUCCUUAUUGUGUUAUUUUUAUGAAUCGUUUCAUUAAUUUGCUUUACUUUGGACUAUUCGUUCAACAAAGUCUGGGUACGAAAAUAUAUCGAACUGUUGGCUGUGUUGGAAUGCUUUCACUUCUCAUUUUAGUGGUUCAUGCAGCCGUCAAAGUAUAUACGAAAUCACAAGAAGUAAUGGUAACUGUGUAUAAAUUAUCACUCAAAACAGACUAUUUAAGGGUAAUGAAUGAGAUUUCAUUGUUUCUCAAUUGCGGUGGAAUUGGAUUCUCAUUCGGUGGCAUCUUCAUGAUAAACACUUCUACCGUAUUUACAUUUUUUAGUAUCUUAGCUACUAUUAUUGUAUCUAUCCCAUCAUUCACGAGGUAAUAUCACAUCAUUUAAAACACCAACUGGCACCGGGUGAACCGAAUCAGUCGAGUUUCUAAGCAUCAACUUACAGCCCACAAUUCAUCCGUAUUCAAUAAAACCGUGAACAAUGAAAAUAAAAAAUAAUUCUAAUGUAAAUUUCAA